AUGGAGAAACCUAGCUCUUCCAUUCAUUCUUUAGGCUCCCCUCGCGUGCACGCGCGCGCACGCAUCGCUCACUUAUUUCCGCGCUGCCAUUUUGUUUCUGCCAUUCAGUUCAAGGGUAUUAGCGCGAGCGGUCGGCUGUACAGAGACAUAACCAUGUAUCGUUUCGCCAAGGCUGCCCUGAACCUCAGCGGUCAGAGUGCCCGUCAGGUGGCUGUACGACAGAAGUCUGAUCUGUCCCGUGAAUUUCAUGCAAAGUAUGGACUUCCUCUUCUGAUUGCUGGGGCCACAUUUUGCACAGCUGUUUGGGCAUAUGUGAUCACAUCAACAGGCAUUGCAUGGAACCUGUCACCUGUAGGCAAGGUGCAGCCCAAGCCGUGGCAGGAGGAAUGAAUGCAUUUCCUCAUUGUGCACCGAAUGCUGGAGGAUUCUGAAUGACAUUUUGAACUUUUCCAUUUUGCAAAUGGAGAUUUCUCACCUUAUCCAAUCUUGUUGCUAUCUUGGCAUGUCUGUAAAAAUGUAAUAAAUUAAAUAUAAAUCUUAA